AUGAGCUCGGACAAGCCCAACUUUCUGUCCCAGCCGGUGGUGAAGAGCGUCUUCAUGUUCCGGAACGGCGACCCCUACUACGAGGCUCGCAGGAUCGUCAUCAACCAGAGGAGGGUGUGCACCUUCGAGACCCUGCUGAGGGACGUGACCGGCGGGAUCCAGGCGCCCUUCGGAGCGGUGCGCAACAUCUACACCCCGACAGGAGGCCACCGGGUGGAGUGCCUGGAGGCUCUCCGCAGCGGGGAGCGCUACGUCGCCGCCGGGAGAGAGAGGUUCAAGAAGAUGGAUUACCUGCAGAUUGGCUCCAGAAAGAAGAGGAUGAUGCAGACUCCACCGAUGCAGGCCAAGCCGCUGCCGCACAACCGGAUCAUGGUGUCGGCCCGCUUCCUGAAGCCCAUCAAGGAGCCCUGUCCCAUAUUUGUGGUGGCCAACGGUGACCUUCUGACCCCCGCCAUGAGGCUGCUGAUCCACCAGAGGAUGCUGGGACAGUUUGAGCGGAUCCUGGAGAUGAUCACGGAGAAGAUGGGUCUGAGGGUGCUGGGGGGCGUGAGGAGCCUGUACACCUACGAAGGCCACCAGGUGAGCGACGGGAACCAGCUGGAGAGCGGUCAGCUCUACGUCGCCGUCGGGAGGGAGCGAUUCAAGAAGCUGCCCUACAGCGACCUGCUCUUCACUAAACCCAGAGGGACCCGCCGGGUCAACGGGAUAAAGACGUCGUCUCUCCCUCCCAUCUACAGAUUCACCCGGCAGAACGGAAACUCCAAGUCGACGGUGCGCAGCGGCCACAGUGGAGAGGAGGAGUUGAAAGUGUGUCCGCCGAGUCACAGCAGCAAGGAGCACCUGUCGUCCAUCGUGCGCGAGAUCUCCCAGGCCCGGCUCCUGUCGCUCCGGAGGAAGAGGAGCGGGCCGAGCAUGAGUCUGGGCGUCCCUGCCAACGACGACCCUCCUCUGAAAGUUGAGGAGGAGAAGACCCAGGAAAAGUCCUCCCCGGAAGACGAGAAACCUGCAUCUGGCAGCGAUCCCUCGGAGGAAGAGGAGGCCACGGCUGAGAACACCCCAGGAGGCGACACUUCAGAGGGCAGAAAGGAGAGCGAGACACAAAAUGAAACAGAAGAAGCAGCAAAGGAGGAAGAGGAGCAGCUAAAUAAUGAAAAGGAAGAAGAAGAAGAAGCAGCUGUGCUUGAAGAGAAGGAGGAGGUGAAAGAAGACGUGAAGGAGGAGGUUAGCGACGAGGGGAAGGAGGAUGACGGGACACAUGAAUCCUCAGAGCUGGAAAAGGAUGAUCAAGACAAAAGUGCCGCGCAAGAAAAGCAAGCGUUAGACGGCGAGAGCGGCGCCAAAGUUAAUGAUGUAGACACGGGGGAGGAAGAGAGAGGAAACCAGCCGGAGAAGAUGCUCUCGGCUAAUGAGGACGGCGACAGUCGCAUCCAGGAGGAGGGCGAAACACAAGAGGAGAGGCCAGAGAGGGGAGAGGUCAGCAGAGAGGAGAGUGAAGCCCAGGAGAGGGGGCCCGCCACGGAGGCAGAGAGGGAAGAAGAAUGACCAGUCAGCAAAACCAAAAGAUUUUAGGAGUCUUUUUAGCAGAUAUUUAUUCUUGGUCCCGAUAUUUUCAGUAGCAGAGCCAUCAUGUGCUUUCCCAUUGUUUUCUAUUGCCGUCUUUGUUUUUGUAUCAAGGUCUUUGAAGGUGAGGGUGAAUAGUCCCGGGCGUAACCAAAGCAGCCGCUGUGGUGAUGGAGCAAGCAAUGCACCAAACCACCCUGGAGUGACAGGGCAGCCUUCUGUACGCUGUCCAAAUGAAGAACCAGGUGUUUGCUAAUGUCAGAAACAGCAGCCGCGAGACGCUUCGUGAACGUGCCUCGUGAGUCAGCGAGAGAGAGAGGCCGCGCCUGAGGCCGAAACGCCAGUGAAACGUGAUUGUUUAAAUUCCCUAAUAAAGGACUUCUGUUACUAAACAUCCAGAGCGUCCUCACUGCCCAGCUAACUCUCCUGUUGGUCGCCAGUGUGUUGGAUUCUCUGCACUCUCCACACCAGCGUACAAACCUCCCCAUUGUCGUUUGCACCGACGAAACCGUUGCUCACUGCCUCCACAUUCACACCAGACAGAAGCCAGUGUGUGCGACCACCAUUCCUACAGACGCUUCCCCAAGGCUGUGGGAUUGGAACUGCCAACCCUCUGAUGAUUUUUCCUCCGCCUUU